AUGAACGCUGCUCGUGAGUCCCUGGCCUCGGAGCCGUUCGAGCAAGAGCCUGCUCGGGCUCCCGAAUACACAGUCAUUGUUGGGCUGAGGUUCUCCUCCUUCCGGCACCUCCUGUUCUACGCCGCCUCGCUGGCUUCCUUGGGGAUCCUCCCGCUCGUGGCCAAGUUCAAUCCUCGGGUCUGGAGCUUCUGUCGGGCCCGGGUCGACUCUUUCCGAGAUGCCGAGUAUAUCCUGGUCCGUGGCCUGGACGGAAGCUGGAGCGAGCUCAAGGUGUGUCGGGCAAAAGCCGUAGAGAGCACCGGGGCGAGCCAUGCCCGUCGCCGCACCGGCGAAAUCACCUUGGCCUGGUUUGAGUAUCGUAAAGUGCGAUAUGUCUACUCGGAGGAGACACGAUCGUUCCAGCGCCACUCGAUGGUGCUUCAAGCAGCAUCGUCGGCAAUCCAUGCCAUGGCUGGCGGGCUCACCACCGCCCAGGUCCAGCACGCACAGCUCCGGAACGGGAAGAACAAGAUCGAAAUCGAGUCGCCUACCGUCCUGGAAAUGAUUGCCGACAAGAUCAUCCACCCGAUAUACCUCUUCCAGCUCGCAGCCAUGGUUAUAUGGAUCGUCGAGGAGUAUUAUACCUACAGUCUCCUCAUCUGGGUCAUGACGGUGUCCUCGAUCGCGUGGGAAAUCUAUGGCGCCAAGCGCAACGAACGCAACCUCAAGCGGCUCAUUGUGACCCAAACGCUCUGCCGGGCAUAUCGAGACGGCAAGGUCGUCGAAAUCAACUCGGAGGAGCUCGUCGUUGGCGAUGCUGUUGUGAUCGACAGGAACGACGGAUCGCCCAUCACCUGCGACAUGGCUCUGAUCCAGGGCGACUGCGUCGUGGACGAGUCCAAGCUCACGGGCGAGUCGAUUCCCGUCGAGAAGACGUGCCUGCCUGUCUUUGAUGAGGAGGGUGCCGUAUUCUACUCCUCGGACGUCUGCAAGAAGCACACGAUCUACAGUGGCUCGUCCAUCCUCUGCAACGAGACCAACGGAUGGUCGUCGCCGACAGACUGUGUCGGCAACGGAGAUGCGCUCACCAUUGGCAUCGUCGUUGCCACCGGUUUCGAGUCUAACAAGGGCGAGCUCUUCCGCAACAUCCUCUAUCCAGCCAAGGUGGACCUCAAGUUCAACCGGGAUGCCCUGCACUACAUGGGGCUGCUGGGAUUUGUAGCAGUCGUGAUCCUGAUCACACGCAUUGUUACCGGUGCGCUGACAGGCAAGACGUUUGUGCAGCUUCUCAUGAACUGCCUUGACAUCGUGACGAUUGCCAUCCCUCCGGCCCUGCCCCUGGUUCUGACCAUCGGCGUCGGCAUCUCAGUGGGCCGCCUCAAAGACCAAAAGAUAUUCUGCAUCAGUCCGCUGCGGGUGCUGUUUUCCGGCCGCAUCAACAUCAUGUGCUGGGACAAGACCGGAACGCUGACGAUCCCCUCGCUCGAGUGGGUCGGAUGCGACCCCGUGCGGGACUCGAGUGCCUUCGGGGGCGUCACUCGGAACGUCGACAUGUACGCUGAUCUCUUCCGAGUCAUGCUCACCUGCCAUUCGCUCGUCUAUCGAAACGAGGAGAUUGUGGGGUCAUCCAUCGACCGAGAGAUGUUUGGUGCCACCAAAGCAAAGCUCAAGUAUUGCCCUUCCAGCAUCAACAUCGGCAUCGGCAUCGGCAUCGAAAACGCGACCGUCCCGGCCAUCGCACAAAUUAUACCUGACGACCAGCCCGCGCAGGAUCUGUUCAUUCUCAAGCGAUACGACUUUCACGCAGACAUGCAACGCAGCGCUGUUGUGUUCUACGUCAAGGACAGCAACCAAAUCUAUCUCUCUGUCAAGGGCUCGCCGGAGGCCCUGCGGGGCAUCUGCGCUCCCAGCACGGUGCCCAAGCAGUACUAUUUAGUGCACCGACGGUUUGCCUCACAGGGGUUCUAUGUGAUUGCCUGCGCCAUCCGCAACGUCACAGAGAUUGUGAUGAAGCGUGGGCUGUCCCAGCUGAAUGGCCUGCAACGCAGUGUGCUCGAGCAGGACCUCCAGUUCACAGGCUUCUGUCUGUUCGACAACCGAGUCCGGGACGAGACUCCGGCCGUCAUUGGAACGCUGAACAAUGCCAAGAUCAAGUCGGUGAUCAUAACAGGAGACAACCCCCUGACAGCCAUCCAUGUCGCCCGCCAACUCGAGUUGACCAAGAAAGUGCUGCUCAUUGACCUGGACGAAAGCGGCGAGGCGACCUUCCACACGGUCGAGCAGAUCUCGAUGGACGACAUGGACGGACACGACCCGGCCACCCCAGUCCUCACCAACCCAGAGGACUAUCAAAAGUACCCGAUCGAGGAGCUGCCACAGAGAAUGACGGACGAGAUGAAGCUGUAUGACCUGACGAUGACCGGGCGAGCCCUCGAUCGCAUCAUCCAGGGCUGCCAAAGGUCGUUCAUAAAGUGGAUCAUCAACAGAACAAAGAUCUUUGCCCGCGCGACACCGACGCAGAAGGGGUGGAUCGUGUCCGAGUUGAUCAACCAAGGCAACUUUGUGGCAAUGUGCGGCGACGGCACGAACGACUGCGGCGCACUCAAGGCAGCGCAUGUGGGGCUCGCCCUGUCGGACUCGGAAGCCUCGGUGGUCUCGCCAUUCACGUCCGUGAAAAAGUCGAUCAGCGACAUGGUUCGCCUGCUGUGCGAGGGACAAUGCGCUCUGGAGACAUCGUUUUCAGCAUUCAAGUACAUGACACUCUACCCGAUUAUCCAAGUGACCAUGACGGCGUCGCUGCUGCAGCUCUCGUCGGCCCUCUCCAACAACGAAUUCCUCUUUGACGACGUCCUCGUCGUGCUCAUCCCCGCCGUUCUGAUGCUCUACACCGGCCCGAACACACACCUGACCUCCGAUCGUCCCACCGAGAACCUGCUGGGUCCCUUGGUGCUGUCGUCGCUGAUCGGGCAGAUUGCAAUCUGCACCGGGUUCUUCUUCAUCAACCUCAAGCUGCUCCAGAACCAGCCGUGGUACUGUUCGGCCGAACGGGCAGUCUUCAAUCUCGACCGAAACUGGCUGCCGAUCAAUCCGCUGCUGCCGUCGUAUCUCUGCUAUCCCAUCAGCCCCGUCGACGACACCUCGCAAGGCAAUCUCCUGCGGACCUACGAAAACACAGGUGUCUGGCUCUUCAGCCACUUCCAGUACAUCUUUGUGAUCGUCGCCUUCACAGCCAGCUCGCGGUACCGGCGGCCGCUGUGGACCAACAUCGGGUACUUUCUCUACCUGAUCUUCAUCGUCUGCUUCCUCACGGCCAUGCUGGUGGUCAGCGACAGCGACAUUGAUUCGCUCAGCAACGGAACGUACUACUGGCGACUCUUUCCGAUGCGCAAGGGCGUAUCACAGGACUAUCGCUUCGGGGCCUGGAUCCUGGCAACGGGCCAGUUUGCGCUCUCGGUGGGCUGGGAGAUCCUGGGCGUCCAGAUCUGGAUCAAGCACUGGGUGCAGAUCCGCGAGGGCGUCGCCCAACUGAAGAAAGAGGCCAAGAUCGACUAUGGCGUUGGAUACGGCGAGAGCAUCAAGGCAGCACCGGUCUACAUCCGCUCGCAGGUCAGCGCCAAGCCGAAUGCCUCUGGAUACCAGAUUCUCCAGGACAGCCUGGCGGAUAGAUGGCGCGGCGACAAUCUUGUAUAGCGCGCACGCACGGGGACAGUACCGCAUUGUGCAGAUGCAGCAUUGGGCAAAUUGUGGAAAGGGGGCGUCUGUUUGUCCGAAGUGUGUUGACAGGGGCAACACCUGCGACAUCAGGGUCAUGGCGAAAAUGUGUAUGCGAAUAUACCGAAUUGCUCGCAAGACAGCACCGAUCAACGCUCGCACAUGCACAUCCGUGCGCCCACCCAUCCAUCCAUCCAUCCAUCCGCCGGAGGGUCAAACAGUACGGGGAUCGAGACGCGAGGAAAGG